UCAGACCAGUCCCGGGACUGGGGACUGCCUGGAGGGGAGAAGGGAGGAGGGACAGGCCUGGUCCCUGGGCGGCUGGACGCUGGUGCCACCGCUGGGGUGUGUUUCUGCAGAGGUCUGCCAAGGUCUGUCCCUUAAAGCCUGGGGACUGGCGGAGGUGACGUCCCAGCCCAGAGAAAGUAUUGCUCACUUCAUUUCGGGGCCAGAGUGAAGUAACUGGAACAGGGGGAAGCAGACAGCCAAGGGGAGCAGCAUGACCAGACCUCAGCGGCUGCCGGCUGAGCUCGGCUCUUGCCUCUGGCUGUGGUUGCUGCUGCUGCUGUCCCCUGAGCCUACCCCAAAGGUCGAGGCGAGAAGGUCCAGGCCCUUGCUUCCGUGCCCCGCAGUCUGCGAGCCGAUGCGCUGCCCGCCGCUGCCCACCUGCUCCGCGGGGAUGCCCCCAGUGCUGGACCGCUGUCGCUGCUGCCGCGUCUGCGCCGGGGCGGAGGGCGAAGCUUGCGGCGGGCUGCGGGGCCGGCCGUGCGCCCCAGGGCUGCAGUGCCACCUGAAGCCGGUCAGAGGCAGCUGGCUCGGCACCUGCGACUGUCCGGAGGAGGAUGCGGCCGUGUGCGGCAGCGACGGGCGUACCUACCCCAGCCUGUGCGCACUCCGUGCUGAGAACCGUGCCGCGCGCCUUCGAGGCGCACUCCCGGCGGUGCCCAUACAGAAGGGUGGCUGCGGGGACCCAGGAACCAGAAGCACAGGCCAGCUCCGGAGCAAGUACAACUUCAUCGCCACCGUGGUGGAGAAGGUGGCGCCAUCUGUGGUUCACUUGCAGCUGUUCCGCAGGUCACCUCUGACCGGCAAGGACAUCCCCUCAUCCAGCGGCUCUGGUUUCAUAGUGUCUGAGGAUGGGCUCAUUGUCACCAACGCUCACGUCCUUACCAACCAGCAGCGCAUCCGGGUGGAGCUGCAGAACGGGGCCCAGUAUGAGGCCGCCAUCAAGGACAUUGACCACAGAUUGGAUCUUGCAUUGAUUAAGAUUGAACCUGAUACUGACCUUCCUGUAUUGCUGCUGGGAAGGUCAUCGGACCUGCGGGCUGGAGAGUUCGUGGUGGCCUUGGGAAGCCCAUUUUCUCUGCAGGACACAGUGACCGCGGGGAUUGUCAGCACCACGCAGCGAGGGGGCAGAGAGCUAGGGCUGAAGGAUUCAGACAUGGACUAUAUCCAGACCGAUGCCAUCAUUAACCACGGGAAUUCUGGGGGUCCUCUGGUGAACUUGGAUGGUGAUGUAAUUGGCAUCAAUACACUGAAGGUGACCGCGGGCAUCUCCUUUGCGAUUCCCUCAGAUCGCAUCAGGCAGUUCUUGGCAGACUACCACGAGCGCCAGUUGAAAGGAAAGGCUUUUUCACAGAAGAAAUACCUGGGUCUUCGAAUGCUGCCCCUCACCCUGAACCUCCUCCAGGAAAUGAAAAGGCAGGAUCCGGACUUUCCUGAUGUGAGUUCUGGGGUUUUUGUCUAUGAAGUGAUUCAAGGAACUGCUGCAGAAAGCUCUGGGUUCAGAGACCACGACGUGAUUGUCAGCAUAAAUGGGCAACCUGUUACUACCACCGCUGAUGUCAUCGACGCCGUGAAGGACAGCGAGUCCCUUGCCUUCGUCGUCCGCCGAGGACGUGAAACGUUGUUCCUGACGGUCAUACCUGAAAUAAUCAAUUAAGUCAUCUUGCUUUAAAGAAAGCUUACUUUGCAAAAAAGCCAAAGUUAUAAUAUCUGGUUUGUAUUGAAGAUGUGCCAAAGAUGGCAAAGAUCUCUUGAAUAAAGAAAAACAGAUGCUUUCCACA